AUGACUGACAACCUAAGACCUACCCGUGCAAAAGCCACUGGUGUUGCAAAUGCAGUAUUGGAUGGGACGCUGGUAACUCUUAACUCAAAACUUGUUGCUCUGAACCCUUUAAAAUUUUGGAUUGAUGCAAUUCUUCUUGGUGCUGAGGCUGUACGUGACUCUUACCCUGUUGAAACUAUCUCAAUCAUUGGUAAAAUUUGUGCUGAGAUAAAUAAUUUGGACAUAACUCAUAUGUUCAUUAAGUUGGCAACUUUAUUUCAGGGUGGAAGCUAUUCAUCCACGCUGUUGUGCUGCUGCCUUACUUGUUAUGCUGCUGCUCCAGCUGUCCUGUAUUACUCUCUUCUCUCUUUGCCCCUUACGUUUUACCCCUUGACUAUUGGUGGUCCUCAUUACCCUCCCAAGGAGUGCCACCUUGUCCUCAAGGUGGAAAGAAGGGAAUUGGUGGCAUAUGGCAGCAUAGUCCUCCCAUGUAUUGUCACAAUGGGAAAGUGA